AUGAAAACAGUCCAUCUCAUCGAAGCACAGUACGAGGUAUUUUCGUUCAAGGUUCUGCACGACCGUGCCUUAUCUGAUCCAAUCCCGGUAAUUGCUGAAGUGACGCAAGGAUUUUGCCUGCUGGCAGUGGUGCGCUCCUCACUCCAGGACCCAAAUUUCUGUGAUCCUGCACUUUGUGCGGAUGGAGAAACUCACGUGGCAUGCAAAGCCAAUCCCGGAUUUGGAAAACCAUCGGGCAAAACUAUCCCUCUCGACAGUGCCAAGCAAUUGCUGAUCGUCAAGACGCACAAUGAACUUCGUAACAAGAUUGCUACCGGAAAGCAGAAUUACACAGGAGGUUUUUAUCCAGAGGCCGCUCGAAUGACCACCAUUCAAUGGGACGAUGAUCUAGCCUUCAUAGCUGCUGCCAACGCUAGGAAGUGUGUUUUCAACCAUGAUACGUGCCACAACACUGCCAGCUACCCGUUGGCUGGUCAAAACAUUGCCUUUUACAGAUACUCUGAUGGCAGUGCAAAAAUGGAAACCGUACUUCCAUCUUUGAUCGAAAAAUGGUACGCCGAGUAUAAGGAUUGUAAGCCCGCAUACACUAAAGAAUAUCCUGAUGGUUAUAAAGGUCCUGUCAUCGGACACUUCACCCAAAUUGUGGGAGAUCGUUCAGAUCGUGUCGGUUGUGCUGUGGUUCAAUGGACGGAAAAAGCUAGGAGGACCUUUAUCUACUUGGUGUGCAACUAUGCCAGGGGCAACCUUAUUGGCGUACCCGUGUACACUCCUGGAAAGGUUGCAUCUCAAUGUACCACUGGCACCAACAAAAACUAUCCAGGUUUGUGCAGCACCGAAGAGUCGGUCGAAUAUGGCUUUUAG